AUGGAUGCAAGUAAAAAUAAACCCAAAACCAGGGUGCAUAAGCCAGGCGUAUCAAGAAACUUUACGGGUGACAGUUAUCAAGACGACCCAAGGCUUUGUAUCUUUUUAAGGAGGGAAUCUACACCAGAACUCGGGGUAAACAGUUUGAAUGGUUUGUCGUUUCAUCGUGAAAAGAGACCAUUGGAUUCUGAUAAUUCGGAAGUUCCAUCCUACAAUCUGUGGAAAUCUCGUCUUGAGAGAAGAAGCUCGUUGCCAAAUAGCUUGACGUUUCAACAAAAGAAAAUCGGGACAUCUUCGGGGAUCUUCGUGCCUUCGGUUUUUACCCUUGAGGCGAAAGGUUUUCGGAAUCAUUCCACUUCAAUCAGAGGUACCAAAAAAGCGAUUCAUAGCACUAAGGCAGAUGAAAAAGCAGGCGUUGAUUUCCUCGGUCAUGACAUAAGCAACGUGGUUCAUGUUUUACCUUUAGAGGAUCCUUGGAAACCAACGUUAAGCAGAGACGAUUCAGGAAUGAGUUGCAGUUCGAGGUCGCACUGUGAUUCCGUUUCUACCAUUAGGUGCACGAGCACUGACAUCCCUGCCGCGACAAGAGAUGACAGGAUACAGGCUUAUUAUGCAAAACAAGACAGUAUCCAACGCUGGCUUAGCGAAGUGGAAUAG